AUGAUGAUGAUGGUGAUGACGAUACGAAAACUUUUAUCGAGGAGCAUUUAUCAGCUGAAAAAGUUAGCGAAUUACGAGAACUUGCUCGCAAAAUUAGCAGGUCAAAUAGUAAAUGCGUUGAAGAAAGAAAAAGGCUGCAAGAGAAAAAAAAGCGACAAGCAAAGAAAUGAAAUGGAUGAUAAAAGUUCAGAUAUUAAAAUUCCUUAUUUGCAAAAGAAACGACGUUAUAAACAAGCAACAAAAAAAUUUUCUGGACAGGGCGAUUAUGUACUUGGAAAAUUAUUAACAAAUGCGGCGUUUAUCUCAGCUCUUCAACGUGACCGGAUUUUUGCAACAGGUAUUAUAGAUGAGCAGCUAAUUGAAGAUGAAGCAAAUGCUGUCGCUGCAAAAGCUACUGUAUCACUAAGGGUUAUUUCAUUCGGUUUGCGGAAAGCUGCUGGAUUUCAAUCAGUUAUUGAAAACGAUCACGCUGAUACAGAGAAACCGAGUUUUAGUGGCGCAGCAUCAUUGAAGAAUAAUUUUUUUUUUUGCGAACUAUAG